UAACAAAAUUUAGACAUCAGUUUAGUUUCAAAUCUUCAAAUCUAAAGAACAUUUCAGUCAAAACUUUAAAAAAUGGCAACAGCAAAAAUCAUUAUUUUCUGUGCAAUUAUUUCGGUGGCUGUGUGCUUCACUAUUCCCGCUGAACAACAAAUCGAUGAUGGUCUGAGAGAAAUUUCUGAUAUUCAAGCUCCAUUGACUGAAGUUGUAACAAGAAGAGUUCGUUCACCCGACAGUGAGCCCAAGAGAACUAUUGAAGCUCGUGGAGAACACAGUAGUCGACAUGGGGCAAAUGCUGGUGUAACCUACACCCAUCCUGUAGGUAAAAAUGUGGAUGUUUAUGGAGGAGUUUCAAGGAACUUCAGACAUAACGAUAAUAGUGGACAUGUUGGUGUCAGAUAUAAGUUUUAAAUAAAAUCUAUUAAACAAAAGAACAUUUUUAUUUGUUGAAAAAGUAUUAAAGUUAAAAUAAAAUUAAAAAAAAAAAUCAAAGU